CUAGGAUACCGAAUAUUCAUCCGGAUACAUUUGACAAGGCGGCAGGAUGCAGACGACGGUCGUGCUGGCCAUGACGAGCCUCCUUGCUGUCUCGGCCAUGGCGGCGUGGAACGCGCUGGAGCAAGCGAGCUUAGCGGCGUGCCCCUGCGCGGAGGCGUCGCUGUGCUUGCCUGUCGUUUCGGACCGCCGCUUUGAGGUGUUUGCGUUCUCGCCGUCAGGAGGCGACAACUGGCGCUACUACGACUACUCGGUGCUCACGACGAUCGCAUGGAACCUCGACAAGGGCUUGCUCUGCCACGCGCACGCCCAUGGCGUCAAGAUCGUAGCGCUGCACAACUUUGAGCACGUCGACCAGCUCUGCAACGCGAGUGCGCGCCAGGCCUGGGUGCAUGCCACGUACAUAGCCAUCGUGACCAACUACGCUGACGGCGUCAACGUCGACACGGAAGCCGAAAUCACACGCCACGACCACGCUGCCUGCUUGACGCUACUCUUGCAAGAGCUACGCGUCGAGCUGCAGGCGCAUGCGUUCACACGCCACGCCCAGAUUACGUUUGACGUUGCGUGGUCGCCAAGCGGCGUCGACCAGCGCUACUACGACUAUGCCGGUCUCGCCGCCGCUGCCGACUAUGUCUUUGUCAUGGCGUACGACAUGCGCAGCCAGCUUUACGACCAUUGCCUCGCCGGUGCCAACAGUCCGAUCGCACAAGUCCAGCGCGGCCUCGACGAUUACAUCAAUGGCGCUGAGGUGCCCAAGGCCAAGCUCCUUCUCGGGCUGCCCUGGUACGCCUACCAGUACCCGUGCCGCCACUACGACCCAAUCUCGGACCUCUGCUCGCUGUCCGCGGUACCGUUUCGCGGCGCACCCUGCAGUGACGCGGCCGGCGUGCAACUCGACUACCACGACGUCCUAACGCAGCUCGAUGCACCACCAACAACGCGGCGCUGGGACAACGUCACGGCGACACCGUACUUUGUUCAUCGUAACGCCACAGGCGGAAUUUUUCAAACGUGGUACGACGACCCCGAGAGCCUACGAGCCAAAUUUGCGCUCGCGGCAGACCUCGGCGGCCUUGGCAUGUGGCACGUCGACGCCCUCGACUACUCGGGCAAGCACGCGCCAACAGCCUCGACGCUCGCCAUGUGGCAAGUCCUCCACGACGCCGUGCCAAAAACCACCAUCGCGAUCGUCUCGGACCCCGUAGCGCUCGCAUAAUCGAUGAUUCCUUACCCUA